GUUUAUCCCGCUUUGAAGAGUGACAAAAAGGACGACCUGUUGAAGAUUUCAAAGCAAAACCGUUUCUGACAUGCACUUUGAUAAAUCUCCAAAAGAGAAGCCGUGUUGCACUCUGCCCACAGUGAAGAAACUCUUGGAGCAGAAGAGAAGGCGUGAGACGUCCUCAGUGCCACCUCCCUGUGCUACAGCCAGCACAAGUCCCGUUCCUCCAACUACACAAUUGUCUUCAUCAGAACCAUUUACCUGUCCAGGUGCAUCAAGCAGCUACUCAGACAUGGCAGUGAGCUAUGAGCAGUGGUCUCCAGCACCAGAGUCUUCACUCAGUUACUACCCCAGCCACCCAGGAUCCAGCUAUGCUGCAGCCUACAACCUCCCUAUGACAGAUGAAUAUGGCUCACAGCAGCAGGUCCCAGGAUUUGGAGAUACAAUGACAUAUGAGUGCCCGAUGACAGUCGCAGAUCCCAGUAUGGCUUCGUCUUCUUGGUCCCUUUUAAAUCCCAGUCAGACCACACUGGGUUUUGGUUCGUCGAUGGAUGCCACCAAGCUGGAAGAAGCCAGGAUGCUGCUCAGCACAAUGGACUACAGCAGAGCCACCAGGCAGGAUGAAGACGGAGACACCAUCCUCCACAUCUACACUGCCAAGGGGCUCAGGGAGUGUGCCUUUGCUGCUGCAGAGAGGCUGAGGGAUAUAGGCAGGCUUGAUGCCAAAGAACACAAGGGAAAGACUGCUUUACUGGUGGCGGUGACGGCAAACCAGCCAGAGAUUGUGCAAGAUCUGCUGUCAUUAGGAACGGACAUCAAUGCCUGUGAUGUUAAAGGACAAACUGCCCUCCAUCUGGCUGCCCACUAUGGCUUACCUGGGGUUCUGCAGGCAAUUCUGUGUAGCAGGCCGGCUGUCAACUUAGAGGCCCGUAAUUUUGAAGGUAUGACUCCUUUGCACUGUGCAGCCAUUUCACACAGUAUCACCAUGAAGGCUUUGUCUAGCAGUGGGCUGGCAGAUGUUAGUCUUCAGAACAAGGCUGCGGAGAAGCUCUCCUGUGUGCAGAUGCUUCUCAAUGCAGGGGCAUCCCUGCUCAGCCAGGAAAUCAAAAGUAACAAGACUGUGCUGCACUUGGCUGUAAAGGAGGGGAACGUCGAUCUAGUGCGUUAUUUGCUGAGGAUUCCCCUGCCGAAUGUGAAAGAAUUUGUCAACUUGAAAGCUCAUGGUCACACAGCUUUACACAUGGCUGCUGGUCUCCAUGGCAACCCCCACCAGGAGGAGAUCAUGCGGCUGCUUCUGAGCAGAGGAGCUGAUCCCAGCAUCCGCAACCUGGAGAACGACCAGCCAGCUCACCUGCUGCAGAGUGGUGUCCAGGGAGAGCAGCUCAAGCUCAUGCUGAAGAAACGAAGCGCUUCUUCUCGUCGACGUAUCAUGUCCUUGCAGGACCAGGAAUGAUUUGGACCACUUGUAAUCCCCAUUUAGAGGGAAUAAGACGUUGCCUCUGUUGAGAAGGGUAUUUAUUGUUACAUGGUUUUGGGAGUCUUUGGCCUAUAUAUUGUUAAUAAACUAGUUUGGCAUAUUAAUCUCUACAUAUAAUUCACAUUGGAUUAGACAAAUUAUGCUUUUAAUGCAUAAAGCUUAAAUUGCCUGCUUAAGUGCUUUAUUUAUUUUUCCUCGCACAGGGUGAAAUAUUUAUGUGUAGGUGAAGCAUUUUGUUCCAAAAUGUGACAUCCUCCAUCGAGCCUUUUCACAAAAUGCUCCUGCUG